CCAAAAUCAAAAACACUUCCAAUUUUUUUUUCUUCAUCCAUCUAUUAUUAUUAUUAUUAUUAUCAAUAUGGCUACAAUUGAUAACAACCCCCUCACAAUUACUGAAAAAGUUUAUGUUAGAGUUAGACUUGCAAAUGAAAAUGAUAUACAUCAUAUAUACAAACUUUUUUACCAAAUUCAUGAAUAUCAUAACUACACUCAUCUAUACAAAGCUACUGAAUCUUCCCUUUGUGACCUUUUAUUCAAUAAAACAAACCCUAGUCCUUUAUUUUAUGGUCCUUCAAUACUUCUACUUGAAGUAUCGCCAACGCCUUUUUUAGAUAUUGAUAGUAAAAACGAAAAAUUUAAGCCCGUCCUUAAAGAAUUUGACCUAAGGUCAAAUGUCGUAGACAAAGAAGCCGAUGAAUUCAAGUCCAAUUCGAUCAAUGAUAAUGAUAAAAACGACGUAUAUAUUGCUGGAUAUUCAUUUUUUUACGCGAAUUAUUCGUGUUUUUAUGAUAAGGCUGGAAUUUAUUUUGAAAGUCUUUAUUUUAGGGAAAGUUAUAGGAAAUUGGGCAUGGGAAGAUUGUUGUUUGGGACAGUUGCAUCAAUUGCUGCAAAUAAUGGAUUUUCAUCAGUUGAGGGAAUUGUGGCUGUUUGGAAUAAAAAAUCAUAUGAUUUUUAUGUUGAUAUGGGGGUUGAAAUAUUUGAAGAAUUUAGGUAUGGGAAAAUGGUUGGUGAUGCUUUACAAAAAUAUGCUAACCCUAAGGACAUUUGAUCAUGAAAAUAUUGUUUUAAAGUUAUUUUGUACUUUUUUAUUUUUCCAUUUUGUAAAAGCAAUAUUUAUUACUACUAUGUAUUGAUUUGUGUUUGGAAAUGUUGGAUGAAUAAACAUGUUUUUUUUUUUA